GAAGGUUGUCUCGCAGUCUCGCUCAUAGAUCGGAAAUUGAGGGAAUAUGGCACGUACGAAGCAAACUGCACGCAAGUCCACCGGAGGCAAGGCUCCCCGAAAACAACUGGCAACUAAAGCGGCUCGUAAGAGCGCGCCUGCCACAGGCGGAGUGAAGAAGCCUCAUCGUUACAGGCCUGGAACAGUGGCUCUUCGUGAGAUUCGUCGCUAUCAGAAGAGUACCGAAUUGCUGAUUCGUAAGCUGCCGUUCCAGCGUCUCGUGCGUGAAAUCGCUCAAGACUUCAAGACGGAUCUUCGCUUCCAAAGCUCGGCUGUUAUGGCGUUGCAGGAGGCCAGCGAGGCUUAUCUCGUUGGUCUAUUCGAAGACACUAAUCUCUGCGCUAUUCACGCCAAGCGAGUCACCAUCAUGCCUAAAGAUAUUCAAUUAGCGCGUCGUAUCCGUGGAGAACGUGCUUAAUUAAAGAAGAAAAAAACGGCCCUUUUUAGGGCCACUAAUUUUUCAUACAAAGGAUCAUUUUCUUUCGCUUACAUGU